AUGAGGGAUCAAUGGUUUCAGACUUCAGCUAAAAACCAUUAUCAGUUUUGUUUCUUGGCAAUCAGAAUUUGGAAAGAAAAACUGCCUCCACGCAUUCAGUUCUUUAUUUGGCUGUUGGCUCGCGACAGAAUUUCAUCGAAUGAUGCUUUAGUUCGGAGAGGAGUUUUGAAUUAUAAUCAAUUGGCUUGCUCCUAUUGUGCGAAGGUCGAAUCAAACAUCCACAUAGUCUUACAUUGUAGCUUUGCAUGGAGGUUUUGGUCACUGCUUCUCAAUAAAUGUAAUGUUAUAUGGGUCACUCCUUUAUCAUUACAAGAUUUUUAUACUCAGUGGAUCUCUUUAUCGGCGGGAAGAUAUCGGAAUCUUUGGAAGCUAUUUUGGUUUUUUGGUACUUGGAAUUUGUGGAAAGCGAGGAAUAGACGGGUUUUUCAGGACGAGAUGGAAGACGUUCACUCCUUAGUCUUCUUAAGUAUUUGCAAAGCGGUAGAUUUCUAUAGAGUUCAUUUUCAUGAUUUUCCGUUUUCUGGAAACGGUGUCUUUCGAUGUAUAGAUUUCUUCUGUAAUAACUCCUACUAUGGUCAUUCUAUGAUUUCUUGA